UCCCUCUACUUUCUAGAAGUUUCUUCAAUUUUCGUCUCUCAAAAAUCUCCUUUCCUCUUUACUUUCCAUUUUCUUCCACUGAUUUUCAGACUAAUUGUAGCAAGUUAAACAAUCUUUGUUGUUUGUUACUAAAAAUGGCAAGUUUUAGUGAAGCACCAGCAGGAAACAAAGAUUCAGGAGCCAAGAUUUUCAGGACUAAAUGUGCUCAAUGUCACACUGUCGAAAAAGGCGCUGGUCAUAAGCAAGGUCCUAAUCUAAAUGGUCUUUUCGGGAGGCAGUCAGGCUCAGCUGCAGGAUAUUCUUACUCUUCUGCUAACAAGAAUAAGGCCGUUUUGUGGGGAGAAGAUACAUUGUACGACUACCUGCUGAACCCAAAGAAGUACAUUCCUGGAACAAAGAUGGUUUUCCCUGGUUUGAAGAAACCACAAGAUCGUGCAGACCUGAUCGCUUAUUUGAAAGAAGCUACUGCUGAAUAAUUGCAGGGUAUCCACUUUCUUGCCAGCGAUAACAUCUGGUUCUUCUCAUUAGCACAACUGCACGAAAGGAGCUUGCAAUAAUUGCUAUCCAAAUAAAAUUAAGCAUGAUUCUUUGUUAUUUAGGCUAUAAACUUCAGUUAUUAUGGGUCUUUAGUUCAUCCUUCUAUAUUCCAAUUCUUUGUUGUUUAGGCUGAUGAGCAUUGUCUUCAGGACUGAAGUUAAUUGAUGAAUAAGAACUUUGUAUUAUUUCUACUUGUAAAUGAUGUUUAUUUUGUGGGAGAUAAAAUUUCUCCUUCUUUGUCUGUCAUUAAUUAUGAACUUGUAGCUCAAUUUCAUCUGCUCAGAUUGUGGAUUCUUUAACUUCUUAUUAUAAAGAUGCUUUGUUAUGGCGUUGUUCC